UGUCCCGAGGUUCCCAUAAUCCUCGUAGGCCUAAAGAAAGACCUGCGGGAUGACCCCGUGGCAAUAGAAGAGAUGCGCAAAAAGUCACUUUCGUUCGUCACCACGUCCGAGGGCGACCGAACCGGCGCGGAGAUCGGCGCGCGAAAAUACCUCGAGUGCUCUAGUCUGACAGGCGAGGGCGUCGACGACGUAUUCGAGGCGGCUACGAGAGCCUCGCUGCUCAUGUUCGAGAGGAGGGGCGACGGGAGCGGCUGCUGCGUUAUUUUAUGAACGAGAAAAUAACAGAAAAGGGGGAGGGUGUAAAGAGUCAUUCGGGAAUUAGAACCUCUAGGGCCAGGUCAGCCAGGAAAACCAGUCUGAUCACCUCCUUCUCGCCCCACACCACGUCAAAUCACCCCCACCCCAAUCUAGCGGAAAACAGAGACGACAUUAAUGACACCACUUCGAGCCGCAUCACUGAUUACCGGGCCCUCCGCGUCGAACAUCUGCACUGUAUUAAUACCCAUAGACUUGGUCUCUUCGCUUCACUCGCUUUUUCCCUUUUUGUUUUGCUGCCAGACGGGGGGGUGGGAAGGGCAAAGCGUAGUUUUCUUGUCCCCACUUCUUUUCUUUUUGUCAGCCAUAUUCUCUUUCUUCCUCUAGUACAACUAUCGUUGAAGGCGGCCAUGGGGCGGAUGGGACGGGAAUGUAGGACCAGCAUACAGCGGUUAUUUGCUUUCUCUCUCUCGGUAAUCACACUCUCGCGAGGUAUCCAAACAUUUCGGGGUCGGUAGGGGCGGCUGGCGGCAGCGGCGAUGGAAAAGGAGCAUGGGCAAUGGUUCAGACUGACUGACCGAUUGACUGGUUGAGAGGGCCACUUUGUCUUGCUUUUUUUUCCUGUUCUUUAAUUUUUUUCUCUUUUUGUUUUCGUGCCUGUUGAACAAAAAACAAAAAGCAAAGCGUCAAAUCUAAUAAUUUUACAAUAACUACUAUUACGACAACGUCAUGAUGUCUGAACAUGUUUGCAUCACGU